AUGAUGAAGAAGCAUUCUGAUUUCACUGCAUCAUCAAGAUCAAUAGAUAAUUCAUUUUAUCAAUUAGAUCAACAAGUUGAUAAUGGUUUCAAUAAUGAUGCAGAGGAUUUAUUAGCAGAGUUUGGGUAUAAACAAGAAUUAAACAGAACAUUUGGAACAUUACAAGUGUUUGGCAUAGCAUUUUCCAUUAUGGGAUUAUUACCAAGUAUUGCCACAGUAAUGGGGAUUGGUUUAACAGGUGGGAUGUUUACAUUACUUUGGGGUUGGUUUAUAUCUGGGUUUAUGAUAUUAACAAUGGGUAUUGCAAUGAGUGAAUUGGCAUCUGCUAUUCCAACAUCUGGUGGGUUAUAUUAUUGGACACAUCAUUUUGCACCUCCAGGUUGGAAAAACAUUUUAUCAUUUGUUGUGGGGAUUUCAAAUUCAAUGGCGUUGAUAGGUGGUGUAUGUUCCAUAACUUAUGGAUUAGCAGAACAGAUAUUGGCUGCGAUUUAUUUGGCAACAGAUGGUGGGUUCAUACUAAAUGAUUUGAAAGUUUAUUGUGUUUUCGUUUUAGGUAUAAUUGCAGAGUUAUUGGUUACAAGUUUUGCCUCAUCAGCUAUAUCUAAAUUACAAACUACUUCAAUCAUUGCUAAUAUUGGACUGAUUGUAUUAUUCUUCAUUGCCUUACCAACUGGUACUGCUAAAAAUUCUCAGUUUAAUGAUUCCUCAUUUAUUAUCAAAAACUUUCAAAAUUUUAGUGAUUGGCCAUCAGGUUGGGCUUUUAUUCAAUUUGGAUUAGGAGGUUGUGCUUGGGUUGUUAGUGGAUUUGAUAGUUGUAUACACAUGGCUGAAGAAGUUAAAAAUCCAUCAAGAGCUAUUCCAUUUGGUAUAAUUGCAUCCAUAACAACAUGUUGGAUAACAGGGUUUGUUAUAUUGAUAGUAAUUGGAGCGUGUAUCAAUCCAGAUUUAAAGUUAAUUAUAGAUUCAGCUACUGGACAACCAUUAGCUCAAAUAUUUUAUGAUUCUUUAGGUAAGAAUUGGGCAGUUGUUUUCAUUUCAUUAUCAGCCGUUUGUCAAUUUUUCAUGUCAGCAAGUGCAUUAACUGCAACAUCAAGACAAGUUUGGGCAUUUUCGAGAGAUGAUGGAUUACCAUUUUCCUGGUUUAUUAAAGUUGUGCACAAAGAGUUGAAGGUCCCCCUAAGAGCUACAAUUGUAUGUGCUUUGUUUUCAUUAGUUAUUGGGUUAUUGAUAUUGGCAGGACCUGUUGCAGCUAAUGCGUUAUUUUCAAUUGGUAUUAUUGGAAAUUAUUUGAGUUGGUCUACACCUCAAGUUCUUCGUUUGAUAUCUGAGAAUGGUUCUUUCAAACCAGGUUGUUUCUAUCUAGGUGAUAGAUUAUCUCCAAUAGUUGUUACAAUAUCUAUUUUCUCACAAUAUUUGAUUAUGAUACUGUCAUUUUUCCCAUCUAGAAAACAUAUCAUGGAUGCUUCACAAAUGAACUAUGCAGCUGUUAUCAACAUUGGUAUCUGGGUCUUAUCAAUUGUGUAUUUCUAUGCUGUCAAGAGCAAGACUUUUGUUGGACCCAAGUCAAACAUUCCAGAGGAUGAGUUUAUUGAAGGUGUUGAGCCAAUAAUCGAUGCCACGUUCCAAGCCCAUGAACGUGAUUCGUUACUGAAAAAGAACAAGUUCAAGAUGAUACUAUAG